AUGACCUUUUCAGAUUGGCAUAAGCUGCCGGUCAGCUUAUCAGAAUUGUGUAUCAAUACUACUCUCCGAUGCGGCCAAUCGUUUCGAUGGUACAAUAUUGCUGAAAGUGAAGAAUGGCGAUGCGUCCUUUACGGAAGUCUGAUCUCUUUAAAGCAAGAUUCAAGCUAUCUGUACUACCGCACCUACCAAUCGAAAUUACCUCUCUCAACCGCCAGCCCAAAAUUGAACACCAAAGCCAACGUCAAAGAUGAUCACACCCUCCGCAUCAUUAAACAUUACCUCAAUCUUUCAUACAAUUUGGAUGAUCUUUACACACAAUGGUCCUCUGACGACCCUAAUUUCAAGAAGAAAGCUCCUCAAUUUACCGGGAUUCGGAUAUUACGCCAAGAUGCGUGGGAGGCCUUGGUGUCGUUCAUCUGCAGUAGCAACAACAACAUCUCACGGAUUUCACAGAUGGUCGAAAAGCUUUGUCUUCACUAUGGUCCUUUAAUUGCUACAGUUGAAGGUCGCGCCUAUCACGACUUCCCAACAGCCGAGGCACUAGCUGGGAAGGAUGUGGAAAGCAAUCUCCGUACCUUAGGAUUUGGGUACAGAGCUAAGUAUCUUUAUCAGACGGCUGUUAUGGUGUCUCAGGAGCGAGAAAAGGGAUGGCUUGAUGGACUUUCUAACCCCGAGUCUCCUGCAUUUGGUACUGAGGCAAGGCCAGGUGGCGAGAUGAAACCUGAAGGGCGACAGGGAUACCGAGAUGCCCACGAGAGCUUACUAGAGUUGCAAGGUGUCGGGCCCAAAGUUUCAGACUGUGUCUGCUUGAUGGGUCUGGGAUGGGGUGAAUCUGUACCCGUUGAUACUCAUGUAUGGCAGAUUGCGCAACGGGAUUACCGUUUCGGAAAGGGGUCCCAUAAGUCAUUGACAAAGGCAACGUAUGACGCUGUUGCUAACCACUUCCGCAAACUCUGGGGCCAGGAGGCCGGAUGGGCGCAAAGUGUGCUUUUCACGGCAAAUCUGCGGUCAUUUGCAGACAGACUUGCAGCAACAAAAGUGGCAGUGGCCGUCAAAGAAGAUGACUCAAAGGUUGAGAUCAAAACAGAGGUCACUACAGAGUUGGCUUUAACAGUUCCUAAGCAUGAAGAUGUUGAAGUGAAAGCUGAAGAAGUGAAAGCCGAAGAGCCUGAGAGCAAGCCCGUUAUUAAGAACGCUGGGAAGAAACGCAAGGCAACCUCAGAUGAAAUCGUCCACGCCUCGCAUACGAGCGAAACACGACGGACAUCAAAGAGACUUCGUAAAUAG